GAAGACUUCUAGGAAAUUCUAUUUUGGGAACAGCCACUGUAACCCUUCCAAAAACGCGUCCUUAGAAAUGAUAAAUAUCCCCCUGUUCUCGGUUCUAACUUGCGAUAGCCCACCCACGGAUCACUCGCUACGCCGCCAUGGACAUAAUCUACACGCCAAACCUCCUGGACCGCUUCGCUCGACCAUACGCUGUGCAAGAUUUCUGGCGCUUUGCAAUGACACAUCGCACAGAAGCGAGAAUCGUUGAAUGCCGACUGUAUUAUAUCCCUUCUCGAAAAUCAUCCUAUCAUGAGUUCCUUCUUGCCCACGUUGAGGAUAGUCAAGGGAGACUCGUGGUCAUCAUCCAGCGCAGCUCCAGCAACAAUGGGAUACGAGCAAUGUCGUCGGAUGGUGGACUUGCAAGAGAUACUAUCGCGUUCGUGCCAGCCAUGGGGUACCACGAGUACUGGCAAAGCCCCAGUGCACGUCCAAUGUGCAGGGGUACACUUCGAUGGCACCAUCCCCUACCCCAUCUCUCGAGUAUCGCAUUAUUCGCAAACGUUGCAUCCACCAACUUUACAUACUACAAUCUCUACAUUCGCCAGUGCUACUGGUAUGCCAGAAUCAUCCAAGCUGCUAUGGAAAGAGCAUUCCCGUCUUGCUCCAGCGAGGGCACUACGUCGUCCUCAAGUAGAAUGUUUCCAAUACUCGGAAACUACAGCCCGUCACAACUUCAGCACCUCAUUAACCAACAUAGUAGUCACUUCUGCACUUUACCGCCCACCGAGGUCGAACAACAUGCCCCUCGCCUAACCACUCCAUAUAUUCUGCACGGUUUAGCUGCAUCUACAGUCACCCCUCCUGGAUGGUUCAUAUGGCAAGAGGUUGUCUUUACAAAUGCAUACGGAAACCGCAUAGCAGGAGGAAUGCGGCCAGUAUAUGGGGUCUUUUGGGGUGGAUAGCGAUUAACAGUGGAUGUACGACUUGGAUUAUGGCACUGCGAUGGACACGGCGGCCACACGGCAGGGAUGGUCCCAGUAUAUGGGAUGUUUGCAGGUGGGUAGCGACUGACUAUGGUUUCACGGUUUGGUGUCAGUCGAUACCCGCAGCUGGGUUGGCCGCCCACCCUUUCGUUUCUUCAUUUCCAAUGGAUCUUU